AUGUGCAUCUUUCACACAAAUACAUUUCUUGCCUUUCUCUCACUUCAUUCCUAUCUCUUUUCAGUCUCUCUGUUAAUCCUUAAUUCACUCUUCCUAUUUCCAUCUUCACUCUGCUUUCUUUCUUUACUUCUUUCUGUAUAUCUCUUUUUCCACUCCCUCUUUUCCAUGUCCUCCCCUCUCCUUCUCAACUGCCCACCCACUUUGAGCAUUCGGGGGUUCAUUUUUUCAUUCAUUUCUUUCUCUUUGAUAGCAUCUACUUGCACUAUAGCUUUCCAAGAAAGAAGAAGAGAACACAACGCGCUUUUUCUAUAUCUUACUUCUCUUUGGUCCAAUCAUCAAUCGACCGUUCCAUCCACUACCACUCUAUUCUCAUCCUUGUCCCCCAUCAAAUCCUGCACACCCACCUGGCCCGUCAUCAGUGCCCACUCUGACUUGGCUGUGCCUCGACCGUCGGAUGCAGUUUUCAAAUACCUUUUUGAAGGAAUGAAGGCAUAUCGUGGAGUUGAUAAUAAGAUUCGUCUCUUCCGACCAUCGGAGAACAUGAAUCGAAUGAUUAACUCAGCCAAAAGAACAUCCUUGCCGACUUUUGAUGGACAAGAACUGAUAAUUUGCAUGAAGAAACUAAUAUCUUUGGACAAAGAAUGGGUUCCAUACUCCAAGAAUGAUACCUUAUACAUUCGACCAACACUCAUUGGUAUUGAGCCAACUCUUGGUGUGAGUUCUUCCAACCAUGCUCUAUUGUUUGUCCUCACUGGCCCAGUUGGUCCUUACUUCCCCACUGGCUUGAAACCUGUUUCCCUUGUUGCUGAUCCAAAAUAUGUGAGAGCUUGGCCUGGAGGAUCUGGGGCCUACAAGAUGGGAUCGAAUUAUGCUCCCACUCUAUGGCCACAAGCAGAAGCUAUCAAAAUUGGGUGUCAGCAAGUUCUUUGGCUGUUUGGUGAGGACCAUCAAAUGACUGAAGUUGGAACAAUGAACCUGUUUAUGUUUUGGACCAAUGAACAAGGAGAAAAAGAACUAAUUACUCCACCUUUAAAUGGUAUCAUCUUGCCAGGGAUCACCAGGAAGAGUCUGUUAGAAUUGGCCCAUAGCUGGGGUGAGUUUAAGGUCUCAGAAAAUGUUAUAACCAUGCAGCAUCUUAUCAAAGGCCUUGAAGAAAAAAGAGUUGAAGAGGUCUUUGGGGCUGGAACUGCUUGUGUUGUUUGUCCUGUAGAAAGAAUUUUGUAUGAAGGCAAAAAUCUACACAUCCCCACUAUGGAUAACAAUGCCGUACUGACCACUCGUUUUCUGAAGGCCCUUACUGACAUUCAGUUUGGACAAGUGGAACAUAACUGGGCAGAACCAGUAGAAUAA